AUGGCAAGCUAUGAAAGUGAACAUGCUGCCGAUACGGUCGACCGCUCACAGGGCCCUCCUCGAAGGCCCGAUAUGUCUUCAAUACUCAGUCUGCUUGCGGAGAUCAGACCCGAACGUCCAGAAAACCGAACACGGGAGCAUGCCGUUCCAAUUCCGAGUGAUGUCUCAGCAGCAUUUCGUUCCCUGGCAGAAGCAUUUCAAACCAUGCAGCGGGACAAUGAGAACGCAGAUUCAGACUUGCUAGGCAACAUGAUAGAAGCGCUCAUGAGCUCGGCGGAGCGGCCACCGCAGGAAGUCAAAGGUGUUGACGAAGAAUAUAUUGCAGCAUUAGAGCGUGUCAAUAUCAAAAAAGUUAAAAAGGAUGCAGACUGCCCGAUCUGUGGAAAUGAUUUCGUGGAUGACCCUCAUCCGCUUCUGGUACGAUUACCUUGCCAUACAAGCCACGUCUUCGAUCUGGAAUGCAUUCGGCCAUGGCUUUUGCUGAAUGGAACAUGCCCCCUUGAUCGAGUUGAUUUGGCGCAACGUGAGAGAGAUCGAAAGAAGAAGCAUCUGGAAAGCAUCAAGAAGAAUGCCGCCCCUGAAGACGAUGAGGAAGAGUGGGAUGGUCUCUAUGGUUGA